AUGUUAUUCCAAUCUCAAGUCCUUCCAGUCUUUCUCGCAUUGGCCGCAGUUACGCACGCUGCCGCAGUUACGAAACCUGAUCGCCUGGAGAAAUACGCUCAUGCCAAGGAACCCUGUACACCUGAGGAGGUAGGGUUCUGCCAAACAUACGUACAAACGAGCACCUGGUACGAUUACAGAGAUUGCCGACAUUUUGGGGCUAAGCAAGAAACAACACAUGGCGAGCUUGGACCUAUGUGCGUUUAUGAUUUUGGUUGUCCCCAUUACUGUAACGAUGGGGAUACGGGCUACAUUCUCGCUCCACGAUUCGUUUCUGUUAUCGGGCAGGCUAGAUACGAUCUGUUGCGAGUUUCUACAGAGCAGAUAGAUUACAGUCUGUUAGAGUCAAAUUAG